GUAAUUAAAUCAUGUUUACUUGCCGAUAUUUUUUCGUUUUCUUAAAUAAUUAACAUCUUAGUCUGCCAGCUCAAUCUGUAGGGCAUUGUGAAAAUACACAAAAGAUGUGACUUCAAAUUCUAUGUUAGGACGAAGCCCGAAUACAAAGUGUUAUUUUCAAACAAAAGGGUCCUACCUUACUCUAUUCUGGCUUUAUCUUUGAUGGGCAUGAUGGCAUGGGAAUCUAUCAUAUUACUAGAAAAAAUAAUGAGAUCAGGCUGUCUACUCUCAACUCCACUCAUAUUUCUAAUUUUUCUUAGGCUGCUGGUCAGUUGUUGGCUUCCUGUUCCAUCAGAACACUCCAAUCGGCCUGUCAGCUCUGGUUCCACAGCUUUAUUAUGGAUACAGCACGCAAUUCUACCACUGAUGAAUAUAAGAUACCUGUGUUUCGUAUGGAUACAUCACACAAUUCUACCGCUGAUGAACAUAAGAUACCUGUGUUUCGUAUGAAAGGGAGGAAGCUCGAUUCUGAAACUCAUAUAAAAAGUCCCUUGUCUACAAGCAACGUCUUUUACACAGAACCACAAGUAAUUCAUUGCGAUCCUUCGGACUUCAGGUCAGUUGUUCAACAUCUAACAGGGUCGUCAGUCGAAGAUGCCGACAGAAAAACGGCCCAUCUCAUAUCAGAUAAGUACUUUGCAUUCACAAGAGCUUAUACAGAUAUGCUCAACUGUACAAGCUACCUAACAAAAGAAAUGCUGGACAUUGAUACUUAUAAGUUUGGCCCGACUAUUUUGAGCUACCUCACAAAAUCGAAGAAAUCAGGAAAUGUGUCUCAAGAAUGUUUAGACUGCUUGGAGUACUGUAAUCUAUUUCCUAAAGAUUACAUUCUUGAUGGUGAUAAAAUAGUUCAGUUGGCAGAGGGUCUUAUAAAGGAAGAACCCAUGGAGGAUAUUGCUGCUGCUUAUCUUAAAGCUCUUUCUGAGCAUCAGAUAUGUAUUUCUUUGUUAAGAGAAGAUUAUGGUAUGUGCAAGAUUUGGUAUAAGAUCAAAGGAUUUGAUAUCCCUGAACAAAUCCUCGAAAGAUCAAAAAUCAUUCCUCUGAGAGUAAUUACUGAGGAUAACUGUACAAAAAGUGAUCAUGUGAUUUUGCAGCAUUUGCUCACAAAAGAUCUUCAAGCUCUUGGAAAAUACGCAAGAAUGAGGUUGCUUCUACUGUUACAGAAUCACAACAGUACUGUUGACAGCAUUCCUUAUGAUUUUUUCUUAUCGUUGAAGAAUCUGCGCACUCUGGAUCUGAGCAAGACAAGAGUAUCAGAGCUGCCAAGUUCAAUUGGUAGUGUUAAAUCCUUGCGUUACUUGGACCUCUCAGAAGCACUCAUCAAAAAGUUACCAGAAACCGUAGAGUUUCUCGAAAAUUUGCAAACUUUGAAGCUUCAAAAUUGUCCUCGCCUUUAUGCUUUACCAAAAUCUACCAGGAGGCUAACAAGGCUUCGACAUCUUGAGUUAGGUACCCUUUGUCGUAUCCGUUCCAUGCCAGUUGGGAUGGGCGCACUUACAUGCCUCCGCACUUUAUCAGAGCUCAUUGCUGGAUCGGAGCGUGGAAGUAGCAUUGGAGAAUUGAAGAACACGAACAACCUUGGUGGUAAAUUAUGCCUAUCAAGGGUUGAAAAUGUUGCUAUUCUAGAUGAUGCUAGAGAGGCAAACCUCAGCGAAAAGCGACUACUGAAGCACUUGGAGCUUCGGUGGACUGAUGAAAACAUACGCCAAGAAAGCAUCCGGGUCGAUCACAAUGUUAUGGAGUGUCUACAGCCACACACAAAUCUUCAAGACCUGCGGAUUAUCUGUUUUGGAGGCUCAACAUUUCCGGGUUGGAUUAGCCACCCAUCGUUUGUUCAACUUACGAAGAUUACCCUCUUCAAAUGUGCAAACAGUCUAAUUCUACCAUCUCUGGGGCAGCUACCUUUCCUUGAAUCUCUAAGCUUAAUUGAAUUGAUUAAUGUUAGAAUCAUCGAUGAUCACUUUCGGACAGAAAAGCUCAAUGCUGAUGCUGCAGGUGAUGAUGGUUUUCAGUUUACUGCAUUCCAAGCAUUGCAGAAAUUAGAAAUCAAAUCAAUGAUUAACUUGGAAAAAUGGAUUGAUGUAGAAAGUCAAGACUUUCCAUGCCUUGAAAAACUUUCAAUCAAGAACUGUCCAAAAUUAUGUGCACUUUGUGAACUGACAAACUUCGGUGCUCUCGAAUAUUUGGAAUGUAGUAAGUGCACCAAGCUUCCAUCAUUGCCACAGAGAAAACUACCUGCAUCACUUAAAACAUUGAUCAUUGACGAUUGUCCUUCGUUUCGCUUAAGUUGUUUCAAUGAGAAGCAAACUUUGCUUGAGAUUCAGCAUAGUCCCAUUUUGUUAAUAUAUCAGCUUCAAGAAUCAAGAUGAUGAAGGGUAGGGAAGGUUUCUUCAUUCUUGAUCCUCCAUAGUGAAGUUUUUGCUUUAAUGUUCAUACUCAUGGUAAAGUUAUGCUGUACUUGUCAUGUGAAAGAUGUUGUUUGUUUUGUAUUAAUAAGAUGAAAGGAGAGUUGUAUACGUCACUCAAGGAUCAAAGUACACCAUGGUCCCCAUUUGUCCCCAUUACUCUUACACUUGUCCUUGGUCUGAUUUCUAAUCUUGGUGUCUAAGAUUUGCUUCACCCAAACACCCACUAACACUUGGUAUAAUACACUAGUAUAGUACCAGUGUACUUGUGUGAUUUCCAAACAACCAAUCACAAAUGUGACAUGUCAUUUUCUAACUAUACUAACUAAUAUGAUUAAUUUUUUAAUGUUUUGAUUACUUGGUGAAUCAGGUUAUCAAUAUUCCUAAUAAUCUCCACUUUGAUUUGUGUUCUCCAAGUCACAAAAAGACCACCUUCAAGAUUCAUCCAACACUCGCAAAACAUCUCAAACUAAAAGACAUACUCAACAAAACAAAAUAAACAUGUGCACAUUUAAUUGAUUAAUCGAUUUACGGUCAUCCCGCACUAAAAGUAAAAUCACCCUCAAAACUAAUAUCCUUACAAAAAUUACAAUCAUCCCACCCUAAAAGUUAAACCACCAAAAACGAAUACUGCUGCUGCCUACCACUAGAGUAAAGUUGUUUGCAAUUAACUGAUUAAUCGAUUUACCAAGUUAAUUAAACUCAAAAAUCUUGUAUACAAAAAUUAAUAAUUUUUUUGUUUCAUUAUACUUGCUACUGAUAGCUAACAUUUUUCAUACAAUAUGUCAUAGGUACGAAUAUUUCAAAAUAGAAAAAAUAUAUAUUUUGAAUUAGUCUCACCUCAGAAUAAGUACCUCUCCUUAAAAUCGGAUUUCCCGUCUAGAACAGUAAACCCUUUCAUUCCGUCUCAAAUUUCUCCGGAUUUCCCGAACAAGGUCUCAACAUGAUAAUCUCACUACCGAGCUCCGCAACAAGAAUAUCAAAGGUUUCGAGCUCCACACGUUUUCGGUCCACAUGCCUCAUCAUUUAUAAGCCUCUCCUCUCCUCCUAAACCCAAUAAUACUUUUAUUAAUUGCUUGAAUAAAACUUUAAUGGAGUCCUCCUUUAAAAAUCAGAAUAUGCCUACUGGAUUUAUUUGUCAUGAUGUUAAAGGCACUAAAUAGAUAUUUAAUUGUGGAGCUACUGAUACUAUGAGUUUCAAUUCAUCUGAUUUUUUGAGAUGUAACACUAUCAACAAAACUCAUAUUCAAACGGCAAAUGGAGAACGUGUUAAUGUAGAAGGAUCUGGACUUAUUAGUAUCACCGAUAAUAUUCAGAUGUCUAAUUGUCUUUUUGUGCCUAACCUGAAGAAUUGAAUUGUAUGAGUUCUUAUGCACUUAAUUGGUUGUAUUGUUCAGGAUACUAAGAUAUGAAGGAUCAUUGGGCAUGGUACUGAAGAAGAUGGACUGUAUUAUGUAGAUCAAAUGUCUCAUCAAAGCUGCGCAGCACUUGCUCGUAGAUCAGUUGCUAAUCAACUCUGGACAUGGCAUCAUCGAUUAGAGCCUGCAAUGCAGGGCAGUAGCUUAUUUCUAAGCUCUCCAAGGAAGCAAGUAAGUUUAAUGAAGGAAGGGAAAUCAGAUCUGGACAAUCUGUAAUGUUAAUCUUUUGGAGGCAAGGCAUUUGAGUCGCUUGCAAUCCAUCCCAUUUCUUGAGGUUCGACAUGUCUUGGAGACUCAGCAACUCCAGUGAUGGAAAUCCUGCUGCCUCACCUGUUCCUAAAAAUUUGUUGUCAAUGCAUUCAACAGAAUGCAGUUCCUCAAUAUGAAGAGCUCUGAGGUGCUUAAGUUGCCCCAGUUCUGGCAAGGUGUUACACUGGUCACAUCUUAGCAAACAAAUGCUAGUCAAGCUAUUCUCUGGACUACUGAGCCAACUUGGAAAUCGCGCACCAUCAUAUCCUGUUAUUUCUAACUCUUCUAAAUUUUCAUGGGGUUCCAGGGCACUGAGAAUCUCUUCACUUUCUGAUAGCUUGUCCGAGUAUCUGUUCCAUUCGAGCUCCACCUUUUUAAGGAAUUGCUUGCUUUUCAGCAUUGCUUCUUUGGCUUCUUCUUCAUCCUUGACAUUUUCAAGAUUUGUGAGACAAAUUGAUCCUUGGAGGUACUUCAUGUUCUUCAAUUCUGUUACACGAUACCCAUCUUUUCUACCAACAAUGAAUGCAGGAAGAGUGCGAAGAUUAAUUAGCUUCCCAAUGUUAGGUGGCAUAGAGCUUAGGCCCUUGAUAUCAACAUCAAGGUGUAGUAGAUGAGUCAAUUUCUGUAUAGAUUUUGGUAAUUGAAGAAGCUGAUAACAUUGAUCAGCUCUGAGGAAGUGUAACAUAUGAAGAUCUGUGAUGGAUGCAGGAAAUUCUUCAAUAUUUGUUUUGGACACAUCAAGGAGUCGAAGAUGUUUCAGUUUUCCCACUGAUUCAGGCAGCUCACUGAUAUCUGUUCCUCUCAGAUUGAGAACUCGCAAGAAUUUUAAUUUAAGAAAAAGGGUGUAACUAACUUGGCCAAUACUUAUGUGCUCACGUAGGGAAAGGAUUGUCCUAAGGCCCUCUGAAUAUCUUUCUAUGUCUUUCCAUAUUUUUGUUGGAAUGCUCGGACAAAGCAAAGACAUAUGUCUAGAAUUUCUAUAUCGAGUGGCAAUAUCUGCAGAAGUCAGCUUCUCACUAGCAGAAUUUGAACUAGAACUAGAACUUGAACCACCCAGCAAACAAGCACCAAUAAAUUUAUCAUCUAGUUGAACAUACAUGCCAGAGCCUGUAAAUUGGGCAUAACGAUGAACAAAUUCAUGUAUUCUGUAGACUUGUGGCUCUUGCUCAAAUGGGUCACAUGUUUGAAGGAUAGAUUGAGACAAUACUUCAUCAAAGUAAUAACUUCCAAGCUCUUCUAUGACUGAAUACUCCGAGCAAUCUGAAUAUUGGAACCUAGAAACUUGACGUUUAAUAUAACCCUCUGCCAACCAUAACUGGACCAAAUCAUCCUUCUUAUAGUCAUACUUUUCUGGGAAAAGCGAAAAGUAAGGGAAGCAAUUUUUCAGAAAGAAAGGAAGAUCAGAAUAACUCAGCCUGAAGACUGGGAAUAUCAAUUCUCUGAAUUCUGGCAUGGUCCACAAGUCUUCAGACAGGCUAAUAAUAGGCCAUCUAUUGUCAUCUUGUUUCAGGGAGAUGCGCUGCCCAAGAAUAUUUGCUACCAAAGGCAAUCCUUUGCAAAAUUCUUCUGCUGUCUGAACUGCAAUUACCUCUGACAUACUCCUUCCACAUCGCAUUCGUUUGUUGACAGAAGCUAGAACUGCUUUUUGCUGUAAUAUGAUCCCACAAUCUUCAUCAGACAUCGGUUGCAAGUAGUAGGGAGCAGUAAAAAUACUGCUCAAAGAAGCAACUGUAGUGGCAAUUUUUGGGUUGCGAGUAGUAAUGAGGAUACCAAACACACAAGAAGCAUUAAGGAGGAUAGAGUGAAAAUCUUCCCAAUCUUGAGGGUUCACGAAAUUGCACAAGUCAUCCAGCACAAUUAGGACCCUUUUAUCCUUGCACAAACCCUGAAACAGCUUUGCGUAUUUCUGCGUUGAGAAUGGGAGAGAGGAAAUGCAUCCAUUGACUUUUAAGGUUUUCUCAAGAUCCAAGUCUAAGAUCAUUGAAGACAAAAUCUUUCUGACAUCAAAGUCCUCUGAUACAGAAGCCCAAAAUUUAUAGUGAAAAUGAUUUUGGACUCUUGAAUCGUUCUUAACCACUUGAGCUAAUGUUGUUUUUCCCACCCCAAACAUUCCUGUGAUCAGAACCGCACUGCUUCGUGGAUGCAAAAGCAGUUGGAUAAUGCUCUCUUUCUCUCGUUUUCUUCGGAAGCUUCGAUCAUCUGGUCUCGAAUUUUUGAAGACAGACCCCAUUUUGUCCAGUACGACGAAAAGAAUCCAGCAUCCUCCUUCAUAAGAAUCUCAAACUUGAUGAAUUCCGUGAAAUCUUCAGUCUCAUAACAAGCUCUCCUAAUAUCAGCCACCCAGUCUCGGUGCAACUUGCUGGAAAUCAGGUCCCAUCCAUCAAUCUUGUCAAGCAUGGAUUGAGCUUUUAC